AUGGCUACGAGUUAUAAAAACGGGAACUUAUUUUGUGAAAAUGUUGACGUUGAAGAAAUUGCCCAAAAUUUUGGAACACCAGUUUAUGUGUAUUCCAAAAAGAAAAUUCUCGAUUCGUUAUUCAAAUACCAGAGGGCGUUGAACUCACAUCGUUACCUUAUAUGCUAUCCAGUGAAGACAAACUACAGCUUGUCCAUCCUAGACCUUCUUAAUCGACAUGGCUGUGGUUUCGACAUAGCUUCCGAGGGGGAACUACAGAGAGUUCUGGCAGUGGGGGGAAAUCCUGAACAGGUGGUGUACUCUGGUGUGGGGAAAAGCAAAAAGGAAAUCGAACUGAGCUUAGAAUCUAAGAUAUAUUCUAUUCAUGUGGAAUCGUGGGAAGAAUUGGACAGAACUGAAGAAAUAUCUCGAAAUUUAAACUGUAGGGCACCGCUAGGUGUUCGAGUCAAUCCAGAUAUUGACGCCCAGACUCAUCGCUACGUUUCCACCGGAAUUAAAGAUAGCAAGUUUGGGGUUCCGUUAGAAGACGUCCAAGAACUUUAUCAACGAAUUAAACACUCUCCUUAUCUGGAGGCUAAAGGAAUACAUUGUUCCAUAGGAUCGCAACUGACCGAACUGUCUCCGCUUUUAGAAGCUAGGGACUGUAUUGUAGACCUUGUGGACAGCCUAGAAAUAUUAGGUGUUAAGCUGGAGUACGUCGAUCUCGGAGGAGGCAUUGGUAUUGCCUAUCGACAAGGGGAAACGGAACCCGACAUUUCAUCCUGGGUCCAAGAGAUCGUAAAACCGGUCGCAGCUCGUGGUCUGAGGCUACUACUGGAACCGGGAAGAUCGAUUGUGGGUCAUGCCGGAAUACUGUUGACUCGUGUGGAAUAUGUAAAAAAGAGUGUGAAAAACUUCGCUGUUGUAGACGCAGCUUUGACCGAACUUAUCCGACCGGCUCUUUAUGAUGGCUAUCACCAUAUUCUUCCUUCUCACCAACAUUCAAACAUAAAGCCCUUGCUCUGUGACGUCGUCGGGCCAGUGUGUGAGAACACAGAUUUUUUGGCACGUGAUCGAUGGCUCACUGUCCAGCAGGGUGACGUACUUGCUAUUCUCUCUGUCGGAGCGUACGGGUCAGUUAUGUCAUCCAAUUAUAACUCUCGCUUCCGUUCAGCGGAGGUAAUUGUGGACGGAAACCAGGUGUUUGAGAUCCGAAAACGAGAGACAAUCGCUGAACAAAUACAAAACGAGUUUGUGGUUUGUGUUUAG